GAAAAUAAGAAAUGUGGCCAACUUUGCUCUGGGAACUUUUCCCCCGUGUUGUCUCCACUCCUCCGGAGAAGCCGAGGACAGAGCUGGUCUUGGGAGCACGCCCAGGCGCCCCAUGAAUAAUUGACCCUUGGUGGCGACACUGCCCGGCUCUGUCCGCGGGCUCGGUACCCGCCCUGCGUCGGAGUCGAGCGGCGCAGCUGAGUGGCGGGUGUCCGGGAGGUUGGAGGCGGGGUGUCCGGCCUGUCCCAGAGCUGGGAGGAGGCCAGGCUCUGCUGAACCCCGGGCCCUGCAGGGAGCCACAAGGGCCCAGACCUCAGCUAACGACCACGCCUCGGCGCCCCCAGCCGUGCACCCCGGGACCGAACCCAGGCCAUGGACUUGGGAAGGCCGCGAGGGACUGAACUCCUCUGAACCCCUUCGCACCCGGGUCCCAGCGAUCGCAGCCGGAGCCGUUCCCUCGAGUCUGACCGUCCAGGGCUCUAAACAGCUGUUUAAAGGCGCUUUACUGUUCAGGGCUCUGCGGCUACGUUUGCUUCAAGCCCAUCUGCCCACUUAAAAAAUAUAUUAAGUGAAGAGCACCCCCCCCCGCCCCCAGCUUUCACCCCUGGCUGGGGAGGGGGCGGACUCAGAGCCCCUACCCGCAUUUCGGAAGGACGGGGCUCCUAGGGACUCCCCCGGACUCCCAUCCCAGAGGCUCUUCUUUGGGAUAGGACACCCCAGGCUUCCUGGGGGGGGCUGUCCUCUCGGGCCCCCUUUGUGCCUGGCAGGGACAGCCCCCCAUUUCCAUUCGCGGUUCUGACGCUCCCUUCUCCCCCGCUUGUUAAUCUUUGUUCCCCUUUUCUGCUGAGAGGAGGGGAAAAAAAGAGGGAGAGGGAGAAAGAAAAGAAGGAAAAAGGCGUGACUCGAUUUUCAAACGAAACUCCCACAGCAAACAAAACCCUUUUAGAGAAAUAAGAAAGGAGGAAGGAGGAAGAAAAGAGGAAAGGGGAAGAAAAAAAAAGAGAAGCCUCCAGGCUUGCAAUUCGAGUAGCAGAGUUGCACCGAAAGAAAAGAAGAAAAAUCCUCUCUGCGGUAGAAAGAGAAAAAGAAAACUUGGGCCGACAAGAGGGGGGUGCUGGGGGGGUGGAAGGAAGUGAGAAAACAAAAGAGAGAUAAAAGGGCUGCUUUUCUGUCUCUCUUCCUCUGCGAGCUGGCUUAGGAGGAGCUGUUUAGCAUCCCUUCACGUCAGCCCUGCCUCAUUCCCUUCUUCCAGGGAGGGAGAGAGCGCGAGCGAGCGCGAGAGAGAGCAGGAGGGAGAGAGAGAGAGGGGGAGAGAGAAAGAGAGGAGCCGGAGGGAGGGUGGCAGAGCAGGGCGGGCGCGCGUGGAGGCGGCGCGCAGCAGCAACCCGGGCGGUGGGCAGCAGGAGCCCCCGGCCCGCCCGGCCCGGCCAGCCGAGGGCCCCCAGCGCCAGGAGCCGCGCCCGGACCCAGGAAAUGCCCUCCUAGCUGGCCGCCACAGGAUGGAGGGCUUCAUGGACUCAGGGACACAGACGGACGCUGUGGUGGUGCUGUCCUUGGCUCAGGCUGCCGUGCUGGGCCUGGUCUCAGAGAAUGAGCUCUUUGGAGCCACCAUAAGUGCUGAGGCCUUCUAUCCAGACCUAGGGCCAGAACUGUCUGGGACAGCCGUGGGGGAGCCGGGACCACCAGGGCCCGACAUCUAUCAGCUGGCCUGUAAUGGGCGAGCCCUGGAAGAGCCCCCGGAAGAGGAGGUGCUGGAGGUAGAGGCAGCCUUUGAGAAGCACACCCGGAGGAAGACGCGGCCCCCUGUGCGGCUGGUACCCAAGGUCAAGUUUGAGAAAGCGGAAGAGGAAGAGGAACAGGAAGUGUAUGAGGUAUCUGUGCCUGGUGAUGACAAGGACCCAAGCCCUGCAGAAGCUCCUGCCGAGGUGGCCGGUGGCGGCUGCGAGGCCCUGGUGCAGAGCAGUGCCGUCAAGAUGAUCGACCUCAGCGCCUUCAGCCGCAAACCCCGGACGCUCCGGCACUUGCCUCGAACUCCGAGGCCAGAGUUGGACAUGGCUCUCUUCGAUCCUCCUUUCCCCAACCCAACCCGGGACUGCUUCCCCGAGCCCAGCAUGGCACUACCUGGACCAGAGACUUUGCCCACCGAAUGUGGUUUUGAGCCGCCCCACCUGGCCCCGCUGAGCAAUCCUGACCCUCCCCCCAUGACAUCGCCGGAACUCGUCAAACCAGAGCAGGGCUUCGUGUGGCAGGAGCCCAGUGAGUUCGAGGCCGACCCGGCAGGUUCCACGGUGGAGCGGCACAAGAAGGCACAGCUGGACCGGCUGGACAUCAACGUGCAGAUUGAUGACUCUUACCUGGUGGAAGCGGGUGACCGCCAGAAACGCUGGCAGUGCCGCAUGUGCGAGAAGUCCUACACGUCCAAGUACAAUCUGGUGACGCACAUCCUGGGCCACAACGGCAUCAAGCCGCACUCGUGCCCGCACUGCAGCAAGCUCUUCAAGCAACCCAGCCACCUGCAGACGCACCUGCUGACGCACCAGGGCACGCGGCCCCACAAGUGCCAGGUGUGCCACAAGGCUUUCACUCAGACCAGCCACCUCAAGCGCCACAUGCUGCUGCACUCCGAGGUCAAGCCCUACAGCUGCCACUUCUGCGGCCGCGGCUUCGCCUACCCCAGCGAGCUCAAGGCCCACGAGGUGAAGCACGAGAGUGGCCGCUGCCACGUCUGUGUGGAGUGCGGCCUAGACUUCUCCACCCUGACCCAACUCAAGCGCCACCUGGCCUCCCACCAGGGCCCUACCCUCUACCAGUGCCUCGAGUGUGACAAGUCCUUCCACUACCGCAGCCAGCUACAGAACCACAUGCUCAAGCACCAGAACGUGCGGCCCUUUGUGUGCACGGAAUGCGGCAUGGAGUUCAGCCAGAUCCAUCACCUCAAGCAGCAUUCCCUCACCCACAAGGGCGUGAAGGAGUUCAAGUGUGAGGUGUGUGGCCGAGAGUUCACCCUGCAGGCCAACAUGAAGCGCCACAUGCUGAUCCACACCAGCGUCCGGCCCUACCAGUGCCACAUCUGCUUCAAGACCUUUGUGCAGAAGCAGACGCUCAAGACCCACAUGAUUGUGCACUCGCCCGUGAAGCCAUUCAAGUGCAAGGUGUGUGGGAAGUCCUUCAACCGCAUGUACAACCUGCUGGGCCAUAUGCACCUGCACGCAGGCAGCAAGCCAUUCAAGUGCCCCUACUGCUCCAGCAAGUUCAACCUCAAGGGAAACCUGAGCCGGCACAUGAAGGUCAAGCACGGCGUCAUGGACAUCAGCCUGGACAGCCAAGACCCCAUGAUGGAGCUGGCAGGCCCCGACCCCUCUGAACUUGACAGCCAACAGGAGAUGGAGGACUUCGAGGAAAACGCCUACACCUACACCAGUGUGGACACCAGCACGGAGGCCAGCGCCCUCACUGAGCAGGCCAUGAAAGAAAUGGCCUACUACAAUGUGCUAUAGCAGGCCCGCUGAGUGGGCGGGGAGGGCACAGGGUGAGACCCACGUCCUGAGGCCUGCACCUCUGCAGCCCAGAACCAAGCUACUGCCGGCUGCCCGCCCCCACCCCCCGCCCCCACCCCCAGUCAUUUGCACCACUAGGGACCUUUAGACCAAAUGGAGACUGUACUACUGUCCUUGCAGGGAGCUGGGCGCAGACCUAGGCAUCCCCGUGAGGGAAAGGUAACCAGGAGACCCAGCUCUGGUUCUCCUUGGCCUGCUGCUGUGGGUGGGUAGGGGAAAUGCUAGUGAGGUCUCUUACAGGCAUGGGGGCACAGACUUAGGUGUCUUCUCCAAGCUGACUCAGGCCCAUGGGGGUGCCUGAGGAAGAGAAUGCUUGAGCCAGGUCUCCUCUCUCUUCUAUACCGACUCUGGCCUUUAAGGACAUCUGAGCUCCUACACUGGUCAGCACUGCCCACCCCAAUCCUGCUCAGACCCAAGAACCUCUUCCCUUCCCCUGUCACUCAACAGCCAGGCAGGGCACUCUGCCUUCUACCUCCUGAGCCUCCCCUUGCUCCAUCCAGACAUGCAUGCGGCCCUCCCUGGCCCUGCCUGUAGGAGAGCCGGGGAGCCCAGCCUCCAGAGCCCCCUCCCAGCCAGCCAGCAGAGCACGCUCAUCCUCAGCCCUGUUGGGAAGAACGUCCCCAAUGUGCAUUUCGGUGAACUUCAUCCAGUUCUGUCCUCACCAAACAAAAUCAGGACGCGUCUUGUGUCUGGCAUACAUUAACAAGGACAGGUUGAGCCAAGGGGAAGAGCAGGGUGACAUCCCUGGGACCAAGAGGAGGACUAGAACUGUUUGUUUUUAUGAGCGAGCAGGUAUUGUAAGGAGUGGGUGAGUUGAGGCUCAGCAAGCUCCCAGGGAAGGGCAUAUCUAAAAAGGAAAUUGAAAACCAUAGACGGGGGGAGGGGAGGAUUCAGUUUUGGGCAAGUGAGGAUAUUUUAAAGGUAAUUUUCCAACUCUCUUGUCUGUCAUCUUUGAUGGAGCAAUGGAGAGGCAAGCCGAAACUUUCCUGUGUGCUGUGCACUCCCAGCUUCCCUAAAGCAGCCAGGCAUGGUGUACUUGGGCCCAGGAGGGACCCAUGAUCUGUGUGACCCAUGCCCUGGCCCUAGGAGGUGUGUCACUAGCUGUGGGGGCCUCAGAUGGCUAAAGCAGGAGGGAAGGAGUCAGAGAGCCUACCAGGCCCUCUCCAGCCAGUGGCUCCGCCAUCCAGGGAACCAAGGUCUCUGACCCCUCUCACCUGCCCACUCUCCUCCCCUCUACCUUCCAGGUAGUGACAAACACAUUCAGAAACUCCAGAGCACCCUAACCCUGCCCAUAAAUCCCAAGGCCCCUCAGGGGAGGAGCAGGCAGGGCCAACCCCGAAAAGGCACAGAUGAAGCCACCAGCUUUGGCUGAAAAACCAAGAGGGGGACCCAGCUGGGGUGGAAGGUGCUGAUCUCAAGUGCGACUGCCCCCAAGCCUGUGUCCCUAAGUGAGACACCAAGCCAGGCCUCAGGGUAACUGUUCCAAACCGGGGGCAAGGUGGACACACUGGCCCAUGUGUGGUUUCCCAAGGCUCCCCAGCCUCCCAGGUGCCCGCCAUGAUGACCCUCAGGUGUCAGUGAUUCGGCAUCACUGUACAAGACAUUUCUCCUGCUGAGCAGAAGGCAUCACCCCUGCAAACUACCUCUUCCCACAAUGACUUUCUCCCCUGGUACCAAAAAGCACCCUGUACCUCCUCCUCCUGCCAGUGCGGUGGCCUUGGUCUUGGAAACGGAAGGGAGAAGUCUGGCCUGGGUGGGGUCUCUCAUUGCCUCCCAGCCCGCCAUUGGCACAACCCUCUGAGGGGUACCAUGCUCAGAAAACCCCCGGCCCUACGCCUUGUGCCUGGGCCAUGCAGAGAGGAAGGUACUACACAGCGCACAGUUGGAGCUGGCGGCGGUCCUGGCAAGGCUCCGGCCUCACCUCUCCCGGCCUUCUGGAAAGGAUAGCUCAAGCCCUGGUCGGAUUCCACUCUGACUUGUUGACAUGUACACAAACCAACUGUUUAGACAACACUUGUGCAGAGCCCUACUGUGUUUAUGUUCCUGUUUAAAAGAGAAGUUUACUUAGCAAUAAUUAUAAAUAAAUGGAUAUUCUUUAGCGAGGCGACUGUACAUGCUUCUUCCCACUGCUCUUUUUUUUUUUUUUUUUUUUUUUUUUAAUUUCGAGACAGGCUUUCUCUGUAGCUUUUGGUUCCUGUUCUGGAACUAGCUCUUCCAGACCAGGCUGGCCUCGAACUCACAGAGAUCCGCCUGCCUCUGCCUCCCGAGUGCUGGGAUUAAAGGCACCACCACCGCCCGGCCUUCCCACUGCUCUUGGUGGCCCUUCUCCCCACAAAGGUCCCAGCAAGGCUCCCCAGGCACAUACCAGACAGCCUCCCUCUCUGGAAGUGCAAGACUAUCCCAGCCACCUGACCUGCCAUGCACUUAGGGCGACACGCUCCACGCCCCAAGGGUGGGGUUAUUGAGGGUUUUGUUUGAGACAAGGUCUCUGUACCCCAAAUCUACCCAUGGAGAGCUGUGAUUACAGAUGUGUACCCCUACACCCGGCUUCUUUUCCACUGCUGUUGUUACAGUAUUGAGAGGCUUUGAAACAGGGUCUCACCGUCUAUCCCUGGCUGGCCUAAAAUGCAACUGUCUUCCUGCCUCAGUUUCCCAAACCAAGAUUAUAAGUAUGUGUGUGCACCUGACCUGUUCAGAGUUUUUGUUUUGCUUUUGAUUUUUGAGACAGGCUCUUCAAAUUUGUGGUGUUCUUUCAACAAGUUCUGGGAUUUCAGGCAUGCACUGACAUAGCUGGUUUUGGGGGUUUUUAUUCCCCCCAAAUAUCCCCACUCUGGGCAAACAUAAAACCUGUGGCUAGGGCUGGAGAAAUGGGUGAUCAGUUAAGAGUACUUGCUGCUCUUCCAGAGGAUCCAGGUUCAAUUCCCACCACCCACAUGGCAGCUCACAACUGUCUCUAACUCCAGUUCCAGGGGAUCCAGUGUCCUGCGUGCACAUGGCACACAGACAUACGUGCAGGGAAAAAUGUCCAUACACAUAAAAGGGUUUUAAAGCCCGUGGCUAGGGCUGCGAAGGAGGCUUGGCUGGUAGAGCUUCUGCUGGCCCUGGAUCCCCAGCACAGCACAGAGUUUUGUGGCAUGACCCAGCAUUCAAGAGGUGGAGGCUAAGAAGUUCAAGGUCAUGUAAGAAAUUUGAGGCUAGUCUAGGAUGCAUAAGACCAAUUUAAAAAAAAAAAAAAAGAGGCAGCUGAGAUACAACUUAGUGGUCUUUUUUGUUUUGUUUUUGUUUUUCGAGACAGGCUUUCACUGUAACUUUGGGGCCUGUCCUGGAACUAGCUCUUGUAGACCAGGGUGGUCUCGAACUCACAGAUAUCUACCUGCCUCUGUAUCCCGAGUGCUGGGAUUAAAGGGGUGAGCCACCACCACCUGGCUCAGCUUAGUGAUCUUAGUAAUAAAAUGCUGGCCUGGCUAAACUCAAUUCCCAGCACUGCUAAAAAAAAAAAAAAAAAAAAAAAAAAGCUCUGGACACAAAGAACUAACUAUAUUAUCAAAAGAAAGAAAUCACUGCAUGAGGACAUGCUUGCCACUGAGUGUGCAUAUGGCUUUGGAACAGCUUUUCCCCCUUUUAUAGUUGUGCCAAAGUGGUAUGGAUGAGGCUGAGAUCAGGGGACCCCAUAUACACAAACCUCGGGAAGACCUCGGAAAGCCUGGGCAGCCAUGCAAAGAAGGGCCUGGGAGGAUCUGUGUUUUUAAGAGUGUAACAGCAAAAUAAAAUAAAAAAAAACCUAAGCCUUUAAUCCCAACCCUCAGGAAGCAGAGGCA